AAAACAAAAGAAAGAAAAAGAUAGCAACAAAGCGUAAAAUUAUAAGACCAUAAUGCUCGUUCCUCACUCUCUCUCGAAAUAAUUUUGCUGCUGCAUCGUUAGUCUGUGAGCUAAGGGAGUAAAAGAAUGGAUCAGCAAGACGCAAAGCAGGGUGCAAGUAUACUGAAGCUGAAUAUAAAGUUCAGCGGCCGAUCUAUACCGGUUGAGAUCGGCGCAGACUCGACCAUCAAGGACCUCAAAUCUCUACUGCAACCGCUCACCAAUGUCCUCCCUCGGGGCCAAAAGCUCAUCUUCAAAGGGAAAGUUCUGUCCGACGACCUCAGAUUGGCGUCCUCGGAGAUUAGUGAUGGGUCCAAGAUUAUGCUCAUGGCUUCCCAGGGUCUCCACCAAGGGGAUGGUCCAGUGAAAAACGAGGCAGUGAUGUUGCCUAGUGUACGGAGAGUGAAUGAUAUCACAAGAGGAAAGAAAGAGAGGUCUGAGGGUUCUGUCACAAAGAGCCAACUUGAACGUUGGAAAGCCACAGGGGUGAUAGCGUUGUCUGAUUGUGGUCUCACGACUAUACCUGAAGAAGUCUGGACUUGUGGACCUUCUGCUCGUGUACUUGAUGUAAGCCAAAAUUCUCUACUUGAGGUGCCAGCUGCAGUUGGCUGCUUGAGCUCCAUGCAGAAAUUGCUUCUUAACGGCAAUGAUCUAUUGGACAAAUCCAUUGGUUGGGAAGGAUUAACAUCUUUGAAGUUACUUACGGUUCUAUCGCUGAACCAAAAUAAUUUGACCACAUUGCCUUCUGCUGUUGGUGCCUUUACAUGCCUGAAACAACUUCACAUUUCAAACAACAAGCUAACGUGUAUCCCCACUGAAAUAGGUUCUCUAACGGAGCUUGAGGUUCUAAAAGCCCAGAAUAACAGGCUAAAAACUAUUCCUACAAGUAUAGGAGGAUGCGUUUCUCUUGUUGAGGUUGAUCUUUCAUGUAAUCUCCUGGCUGAGUUGCCACAGACCUUAGGCAAUUUAAAAAGCUUGAAGGCGCUAUAUCUCAGUAAUAAUGGCCUGAAAUCCCUGCCCAAUACCCUAUUUAAGAUGUGCUUACAGCUUUCAAUUCUGGAUCUUCAUGGCACAGAAAUAACACUGGAUCUUCUCCGCCAGUUUGAAGGAUGGGAGAGUUUCGAUGAGCGUCGUCGCUUAAAGCAUCAAAAACAACUUGAUUUUCGAGUCACUGGAUCUUCUGAAUUUGAUGAAGGUGCUGAUAGAAACUGGUAAUGACUUAUGUUAACCUUCAGUCAGUGAAACUGAUCAUCAAAAGGUGCUGUCAGGAUAUGUUGGCAUCAUAGGUUGAAUAACCAAAUUGAUCCUUCAAAACUCUUAAUGAGCUUAUAUAUAUAAGUUUCAUGAUAGCUUGGAUUCUUUAGUAAUAUCGUAUUACUUCUGGAUUUCCAAUUUUCCUUUGCUUUCAGAGUCCAAAUACUCCAGAAUAGGAAAGGGGAUUUAAGUACUAGCGGUGCAGCUUUAGGCUCAAAUCUUUACUGUGCAUCAGUGUUUUCAAA